AUGAAGAAUGCAAGACCCAACUCUGUCUCUGUACUGCCCUCGCAUCACUCCCAAUUCAAGGACAAGCCCGUCCUCGGCGGCGACAGCAACGCCCUCGGAGUCCCUGGGUCCCUCGUCGGACGCUGGACCCUGCGCCGUGUUAUUCUCGUAGUAGGAGGUGUUCUUUUUAUCUACAUCACCAUCACAACCAUUUUCGGCCCUACCCCCGAACAUCUGCGUAAAGGACCCAUCGCCACUCGUCCUGAGGCAGAUCCGUACUUGGAUGUUCCCAAAGACAAAGACGCUUAUAAAUACGCCCCCGACCGCAACAUCGAGAAACCCGCGCCGGAGAUCAAACUGCCGCUGAUCGAAAAAGAGGUCAAGAACCCAUGGAAUGAACCUCAUCAGGAGCCCGAAAGGGAAUCCAACCAGGAAGGAGAUGGCUUGGGCACUGGAUCAGGGUCAAUAGGAUCGAACGGAGAAAAACCAAUUGCAGACGAUGAGGGCAAUGUCCCCGCAGGAAUCGAUAACAACGAUGACAAGUCCCAGGAUGGCAAUUUGGGGGAAGAGGUUGAGGAGACACCUCUGUCAAUUGCGACCAAGGCCAGGAAGAACUCCCCCGCCACCUACGCCGAGUUACUGUCCGCCAACAAACGCGAGUUCGACUAUGCAGUUGCAUUGCUUGUGCGCGAGGCCAGUCUGGCGCUCAAGAACACAGAAGUAUACUCGGUCACCAACAAGAAUCAAACAGCACCCUCGAACGAUAUCCAUGAUUACCUCUCGCUUUCGAAAUACUACUGGCCCAAUAUCAAGACAGAGAACGGUCUGCCCUAUGUUCGCAAGGACGGUCACAUCAACCCUGAGAUUGAGACCGUAAAGGACUACCGCCUGCUGCGAACCAUGAUCCGUGAGGUCCAUAUGAUGGGAAUGGCGUACCAUUUCACGGGCGAUAAGGCGUAUGCGGAAAAGUGCGCAAUGCGUCUCAAGGAGUGGUUCUUGGACGAGGCGACGUACAUGAACCCUAACAUCAACUAUGGUUCGUUGCAGAAGGGUCAAAAGCUCGGUGCUCGUACGGGUGUUCUGGACAUGUUCACCAUUUUCCGUGUCUUUGAUGCAUUGCAUUACCUGAAGCAAGAUCCUGACUGGCCCACGGACCUGAUCCCCAGUCUCCAAGCCUGGUUCACACGCUAUGUCCAGUGGCUCGAGACGUCCGUCCUCGCCAAGAACGAACGCAAGGGUAACAACAACCAUGGUACCUACUUUGAUGUCCAGAUCAUCGGUAUCUAUAUCUUCCUCGGCCGCAUCGGCGAUGCCCGUGCGAUCGCAGAGUCGGCACUCACCAACCGCAUCGACAUCCAGAUCACAGGAAAGGGCGAGCAGCCCGAGGAGCUCGAGCGCAAGACGUCCUGGUACUAUUCUGUCUUCAAUCUCCAGGCCCUGAUGACCCUCGCUCGCUGGGGCGAUGAUCUCGGCGUUGAUAUGUGGAACCAUGUCGGACCUCAAGGACAGUCGAUUAAGAAGGCUAUUGACUUCAUGUUGCCAUAUGCACUCGUGAAUGGCGAGGGCUGGCCUGUGGAGAACAUCAAGGGAUUCCCCAUGGGCGACUACCUCAAGUGUCUCCAGAUCGCAUGGAACAUUUACGGCGACGAAAAGUACCUGGAUGCGAUCGCACAGCUCGAUCCCAAGAUCCAGGAGGAAAUGGCUGCAGGUAACCUCAAGACUAUCAGCACAUACCUGUGCGAUAUGAGCACACUCUUCGAGGGCAACAAGCGCGGAGGACAGGGCUUGAUCUGGCACUGGUGCCUGACCUAG